AUGAAGUUCGUACCUAGUCGCGACCUCGAUAUCGUCACAUCGGCCCUCAAUUUCACUACCCCUGAUCUCCAGGUGGUAGGAGGCUGCGAUUUAUACACCACGAAGGCAGCGGGAGGGGACAAAAAGCUCUACAAAAAUAUCGAAAAUGGACUUGAAGCGCAAUACAAGUCGAAUCUACAAUUCUCCCAUUCUCUCUCACCUCCUCAAGCGCAUCUCAUGGCAUCUAGUCUCAACCUGAGCCGCAGCAGCCCCUUUGGCAAUCUUGGAAUGAUCAGUUCGAGGAGGACAUACGCAUAUCUAAUAGCCACCUUAAAUGCUAGCCAUCCGGAUUACGACUUCUCGCACAUGCUCAGACCGACAGACUUCAAAAGAGAGCGGAGUUUACGGCAUGUGAUGAAUACUCUGGACACUGCUCUCUACAAUCUUCGUCCGCGACCACAAAAUACGUCACUCAGGAUACCCGGCAUGCCUCCCGAAACCGCUGUUACACCGUCUAAUCAAACACAGUGGGGACCGGCAAUGUGGAGAUUAAUCGAUCAAAGUAUGAGUUUGAGGGACUGCACCAUCUAUCGAUAUUCCCCCGAGGACUUUGACCCGUUUGAAGACGACGAAGAAGGAUCUUUGUGGUCAAUGAAUUACUUCUUCUUCAACAAACAGAGGAAGCGCGUGUGUUACCUGUAUCUUCGCGGCGUCAAUAUCCUUGCUAUGUCGGCAAUGGAUGGUCUUCGAACACCGGCCAGGACUAAGCAUCUUACAGACACCGAUUCCGAAGGAUGGGCAACACCAGAUCUAGGGGCGCAUAAGCGUGCAAGAUAUUGGCUUGGGGACCGACAAGUAGUCGAGACGGACAAUGCUCAAGACCGAGAUGUUGAAAUGCCCUCUAUCGAGAGACCACUUUACGACUACACCCCUGAGUCGAAAGAUGAGGAAGAACAGUUUUCACCACCGGCUCGACCUGUCGUUGAUGAGCAUGACAACUACGUAUUGAGUGAUGAAGAAGUUAGAAGCGCUAGGAGUGUUAGCAAGAGUACUGCGAGGGGCGUCAGUGAAGAGGUGGUUGGGCCUAUGGAGGUCUAA